CUCCAGAGCAGCACUCCCUUCAGUCCCCUCUCCAGAGCAGCACUCCCCUCAGUCCCCCUCUCCAGAGCAGCACUCCCUUCAGUCCCCUCUCCAGAGCAGCACUCCCUUCAGUCCCCUCUCCAGAGCAGCACUCCCCUCAGUCACAGCAGAACAGCCGGUGUCCACCUACUCAGGAAACCCCAUCACAGCGGUGUACGCCAUCCCAGCCUCGCGGUCGGGUUAUCUGAGUACUUUGCCUCCACGCCCCCGUCCUCCUACCAACAGCCCAUCCUGGAUGUCCUACCCCCCGAGCCUGAGGACGUGCCCCCCAGGGGCUGACUCUGUGGCUCUCCCAGGGUACGUGGAGGCCUUCCCUCAUCCCCGCUACCCUCAAGGCAGRUCCCCCAGACUCCCCCUACACUACGGCCAGGCCAUGGAGCCACCCCCCACCCCGACCACCGCCGCGUCCCAGCAGAGCCUGCCCGAUGCGGGGGAGCCCAGAGACAGAGUCCCACUCAGCAGUCUCUCCACAUCCGCCCUGGUCCAGGCCAUCCGCCAGGAGGUGGCAAAGCUGGCCAAGAAGCAGACAGACAUGUUUGAGUUCCAGGUGUAAUCCCUCCCUCUAUUGGCCGGGAGGUGGAAUUGCAGCACUCUCUUUUCUGAACAUGCUGUAACACUAGAGACUAAACAAACUCUCAAACUCAACUUUUUUGACAUUUGUAUAUUAAGACUGAUAAAAGCCUCUUUCUUUCUAUUUCUCUCUCUCUCCCCCACCUCUCUCAUUGUGGGAAAAUCCCACGUUGCUCUGAUGUGUUUGAUCACCAUGCUGUUAUUUUGGAGUUACUGAAGAGUGAAAGUGUUCUAUCUCAAACUGUCAGWCAUCUCUUCUUAACGAUGUCUCUAUAGUUACAUUACAUCACCUGUUCCUUUACAUUGUACAUAUGUCAUCCCCACAUCUAAAGAGCUGUAAUAAUGAAGGAUGAGUGUUUCUCAAGCCAGGACAGUAACCUUAGCAACCCACAGAGGAGUAUGUCACGACAUCAAUAGAACAAUUGAUGAGGCAGAGAGAGUCGUCACAUGUUCAUGCACAAAGGUCCAACCACUUCAGAACAUCAGAAUGAAGUGAUAACGAGCCAAGGGUUUUUGGAGGAUAUAUUGGCACGGUUGUUGUUAGGKCUGAGACGAAGUCGAGGACAGGCAGACCGUGGCACUAUAUCCUCCAAACACCGGCUUCGAGGGCAUCACUUUUAUACAAUGUGUUACCAACAUAU